AUGGCGGAUACAAUAGACACGGCCAAGCUGGCCUUGAUCUCCCAAGGGGAGGCCUACGGGAUGCUCAUUGGCUUGAGUGUUGUAUUUUGCGGUGUGAUUCUCCUCGCCGUAAAGGUCCAAAAAGCUCAUUUAGCUGAGGACUCGGGAAAGUCGGAGAUGUUCAUGGUCGCAAACAGAACGGUUGGUCGAGGAUUAACAGCCAGUGCUGUGUUCUCAUCUUGGAUGUGGAUCAACGAAACUGUGCUGUGUGCUAGCAUGUGCUAUCGGUACGGCCUGGCUGUACCUCUGUGGUGGGGUUCUGGCCUGUGUUUCCAGAUUGCCUUAAUGGCAGCACUUGGUGUGAUGGCCAAGAUCCGAGUUCCAUACGCCCAUACUUCCCUCGAGGUGGUGCGCAUGCGCUAUGGCAAGAUCGGACAUCUGAUCUUCAUAGUGCUCAACCUUGUGAACAAUGUUUUUGGUUGUGCCUCAAUGAUCAUGACCGGCUCGCAGCUGAUCCACGGCAUUUCCAACAUGCAUUAUGUUGCAGCCACUAUUCUGAUUCCACUGGGAGUGGUUCUCUACACAGCCGUUGGCGGCCUGAAGGCCACAUUCCUGACGGAUUUCUUGCACACGGCCAUCGCGCUCAUCCUGAUCAUCUAUUUCACCAUUGCUGUUCUGACAGACUCGCACGUUGGAGGAUUGGGUGGCUUAUAUGACAAGGUCGUCGCAACAGCUGCAGACAAUUAUAUUCCUGAAAACUAUCAAGGGUCGCUCCUGACGUUCAAGUCGAAGGGCGCGAUUAUCUGGGGACUGAUUCUCAAGUUUGGUAACUUGGCUCUUGUUGUCAUGGAUACUGCAUUCUGGCAGAAGUCCUUUGCGACGGAAGUCAAAGCUACAGUUCCAGGCUACAAUAUUGCCGCGUUGGCCGUAUUUGGCAUUCCCUGGGGUCUAGGAACCGUCAUCGGUUUGACAGCACGCGCCAUUCACCAGACUCCUAUCUUCCCGACCUAUCCUGGGACACUCACUGCCACCGAGGUCAGCUCGGGAAUGGUCAUGCCGUACGUUAUCAAGGCGCUCAUUGGAGACAAGGGCAUCAUCGGAUUCUUCUUCCUUCUCUUCAUGGCAUUGACAUCCACAAUUUCCUCGUCGAUGAUCGCCGUCAGCAGUAUCUUGUCUUACGACAUCUACAAGACCUACAUGAACCCCAAAGUCACAGACAAACAACUAGUACGGGUCAGUCAUUUGACAGUGAUCAUUCAUGGGGUUUUCAUUACCGGGAUUUCCAUCGCUUUGAACUACGGCGGCGCCAACAUGACAUGGAUUGGGUAUCUCCGACCCAUCAUCUCCUGCCCAGGAAUCCUACCUCUGAUCUUUACUUUGUUCUGGUCUCGGCAAACCCGACUGGCCGCCAUUGUCUCCCCGAUACUUGGCUUUUUCACGGGACUCGCCGUCUGGCUGGCUACUACUCAGUCGAUGUAUGGUCACAUCAACAUCACGACCACUACCAACAACUAUCCGGCCUUGUAUGCUGCAAUUGCAUCUUUCUUCUCGCCAGCCAUAUAUUCCGUCGUCCUCUCACUCUACAAACCGUACAAGUUUGAUUGGAGAGAAUUCUUGCGCAUCGAGUUGGCUGAUGAAGCAGAGAUUCACCCAGCCUCAGACACGAGUACUCUGAAUGAAGGCAGCGAGGAUGGCAAAUCCGACAAUCCUAAAGCCAUCACUGGCUCAGUCAAUUCAGUUAACAUUGCGUCCGAAGUUACUGGAAAUGAUCCUGAAAAGAUCCCCGAAAACAGCGAAUUGGCAAUCCCAGCUUCAGCUACUCGUGCAAUCGAUCUGAGUCUCGAUGAUAUUCGUCAUCCAUUUGAUGACGAUACUCUGAAAGAACUGCACAGGUGGCUGAAGAUCGCUUGGUACAUGUUCGUUGGAGUUGUGCUUGUCACUUUCGUCGCCUGGCCACUUCCCCUGUACCGAGACUAUAUAUUCACAAGAUCCUUCUUUGCGGGCUGGGUCACAGUUGCCAUCAUUUGGCAAUUUGCUGCAUUUGCUGCGGUCGUGAUCUACCCUCUCUACGAUGGACGCCAGGAUAUAACAAUAGGUGCGAAGGGUGUGUGGAGCUCCUCGAAGAAAUAUCUUGGGAUGAAAAACACGAACUAG